UCUCCAAUUGACUGCUGUUGAGAUGUAUUAGUGCCAACCUUUUUUAUUUUUUUUUGCUUACCGCUAUUAAUGACAGGCUCACAAUCUAAAGUCAAGUUACGUUUUUAUUUAAUUUCAUCACUCUUUUCUUAUAAAAUCAGUACCGUUGACCAUCCAACGGAGAAACGUUUUUUUAAUGAACCUGCUAUUUGUUCACCAAUUAAGAGGACAAUUUAAAUCCGAGAAGAGUGUUCUUGAAAGGAUCCAUGAGACUGAGUAGAACAAAACACUUGGCCAUAGAAUAGGUGUAGCUUUGACCAAGAUGGCCCGCUUCCUGUGGCAUUCCUUGAACAUCCUACUGGCGGUGACCUGCUGCUUUCUGCCGAGGUCCACCUCCUCCCUCAAUCUGGAGGACCCCAAUGUCUGCAGCCACUGGGAGAGCUACUCUGUCACUGUCGAGGAGUCGUAUGCACACCCCUUUGAUCAGAUUUAUUACACCAGCUGCACUGACAUCCUCAACUGGUUUAAGUGCACAAGACACAGGCUAAGCUACAGGACUGCCUACCGCCGGGGAGAAAAGACCAUGUACCGCCGCAAGUCCCAGUGCUGCCCAGGCUUUUAUGAGAGUAGUGAGAUGUGUAUCCCCCACUGUGUGGAUAAGUGUGUACAUGGCCGUUGCGUGGCCCCCAACACCUGCCAGUGUGAGCCUGGGUGGGGGGGCUCCAACUGCUCAAGCGCUUGUGACAACAACCAUUGGGGCCCCCACUGUAGUAACCGCUGCCAGUGUCAGAACAGGGCAUUAUGUAACCCAAUCACCGGGGCGUGUAUCUGCAACCCCGGGUACCGGGGCUGGCGCUGCGAGGAACACUGCGAUGCUGGCACCUAUGGAAAUGGGUGCCAACAGAAAUGCCAGUGCCAGAAUGGUGCCACUUGCCACCACGUGACUGGGGAGUGCAACUGUUCGCCGGGGUACACCGGCGCUUUCUGUGAGGACCUGUGCCCGCCAGGAAAGCAUGGUCAGCAGUGUGAGGAGAGAUGCCCAUGCCAGAAUGGUGGGGUGUGCCACCACAUCACUGGACAGUGUUACUGUCCAGCUGGAUGGAUGGGUACGGUGUGCGGCCAACCAUGUCCAGAGGGUCGCUUUGGCAGGAACUGCUCCCAGGAGUGCCAGUGUCACAAUGGGGGCAAGUGCGAAUCGUCCACGGGCCAGUGUCUUUGCAGCCCUGGCUACACUGGAGAACGGUGCCAGGACGAGUGCCCGGUUGGCACGUAUGGCAUGGGCUGCAGCCAGACGUGCCGCUGCGUAAACGGUGCCAAGUGCUACCACAUCAGCGGGGCGUGUCUGUGUGAGCCGGGUUACACGGGAAAGAUGUGUGAGGUCCGCCUGUGUCCGGAGGGCCACUACGGCCUAAAAUGUGACAAGAGGUGUCCUUGCCACGCGCACAACACACGCAGCUGCCACCCAAUGUCCGGUGAAUGUACAUGCCAACCUGGCUGGUCAGGGCUCUACUGUAACGAAACGUGCACCCCUGGAUUUUUUGGAGAAGCUUGCCAUCAAGUGUGCCAGUGCCAGAAUGGUGCUGACUGCCACAGCGUAUCGGGCGAGUGCAUCUGUGCCCCGGGCUUUAAGGGGCCCAACUGUUCCACACCCUGCCCUGCUGGCAGCCACGGAAUCAACUGCUCAUCUAGCUGCAGCUGCAAGAACGGAGCACUGUGCUCAUCGGUAGACGGAGCUUGCUCCUGCAAAGCAGGAUGGCAUGGAGUAGAGUGCUCCAUCAACUGCCCAAGUGGAACAUGGGGGCUGGGUUGCAACCGUACCUGUAAGUGUGGAAACGGUGGUGCUUGCAACGCCCUCAAUGGUCACUGUACCUGUGCCCCUGGGUGGAGGGGUGAGCGGUGUGACUUCCCCUGUCAGGAUGGCACCUAUGGUGUAGACUGCAGGGAGCGCUGUGACUGUAGCCAUGCUGAUGGUUGCCACCCUUCAACCGGGCACUGUCGAUGUCUGGCGGGAUGGACUGGUAUCCACUGUGAUAGUGUGUGCAAGGAGGGCCGCUGGGGUCCCAACUGCUCCCUGCCCUGUAACUGUAAGAACGGGGCCUCCUGCUCCCCUGACGAGGGCACCUGUGAAUGUGCCCCAGGAUACCGAGGGACCACUUGUCAGAUAAUCUGUUCCCCUGGCUACUUUGGCCAUCGCUGCAGCCAAGCCUGCCCCCAGUGUGUCCAUAACAAUGGGCCAUGCCAUCAUGUCUCGGGCCAGUGUAACUGCUUCCCGGGCUUCAAAGGGGCCCUGUGCAAUGAAGUUUGCCCCAGUGGCAGGUUUGGGAAAAACUGUGCGUGGGGCUGCACCUGUACCAACAACGGCACCUGUAACCCCGCUGAUGGCUCAUGCCAGUGUUACCCUGGCUGGAUUGGAAGUGACUGCUCCCAACCCUGCCCACCUGGUCAGUGGGGCCCCAACUGUGGCCACACUUGUAAUUGCCACAAUGGAGCGUACUGCAGUGCCUAUGAUGGGGAGUGCAAGUGUACACCUGGCUGGACGGGCCUCUAUUGCACACAACGCUGUCCACUGGGCUUUUACGGUAAGGGCUGUUUACAGAUCUGCCAGUGUCGUAAUGGAGCUGACUGCGACCACAUCUCCGGGCAGUGCACCUGUCGCACAGGCUUCAUGGGACGCCACUGUGAACAAAAAUGCCCUUCUGGUUCCUAUGGUUAUGGCUGUCGUCAGGUGUGCGAUUGUCUCAACAACUCCACCUGUGACCACAUGACCGGUACCUGUUACUGCAACCCUGGAUGGAAGGGAGCCCGUUGUGACCAAGCUGGCGUCAUCAUCGUGGGCAACCCCAACAGUCUGACCAGCACUGCAGUGCCUGUCGACUCCUACCAGAUUGGUGCCAUUGCUGGCAUCAUUGUCCUGGUGCUGCUGGUGCUCUUCCUUCUCCUCCUCUUCAUCAUCUACAGGAAGAAGCAGAAGGGCAAGGAGCCAACCAUGCCUGCCGUCACAUACACCCCCACUGUGCGUGUCACAGCUGACUAUGCCAUCGCAGAAGCACUCCCACCACCAAGUGACGUCCAUCCAAGCAACUACUUCUCCAAUCCCAGUUACCACACGCUGACCCAGUGCACAAGCCCUCCACAUGUCAGCAACCUAUCUUAUGGAAAAGCUAAGAAUAACCAGUUGUUUGUAAACUUGAAGAAUGUGGAGCAGAGGAAGAGACCUCCCAUAGCGGAUCACACUGGCACCCUUCCUGCAGACUGGAAACACGGAGGCUGCUUUAAUGAGCUAGGAGCAUAUGGCCUUGAGCGCCGAUACAUGGGGAAAUCCCUAAGAGACCUGGCAAAAGGAAUGUCCUAUCAUGCCAGCUCCAGCUCCCUCAAUAGCUCGGAGAAUCCCUACGCCACCAUUAAGGACUCUCCGCUUCUCCUUCCCAAGAACGUUGAGUGUGGCUACGUGGAGAUGAAGUCACCCGCGCGUCGGGACCCGCCGUAUGCCGAGAUCAAUAACUGCAGCCCCACCAACAAGAAUGUCUAUGAAGUUGAGCCCACCAUCAAUGCCAUCCACUCACCCGGCAACAACAAUGGUCAUGGACCUUUUGGCCAGGACCCAUAUGACUUACCCAAAAACAGCCACAUCCCCUGUCACUACGACCUUCUGCCCAUGCGGGACAGCCCCCCCUCCUCGUUCAAGGAGCUUGAUAGCGAAUGAGCUCCCAGACACUCAAAAGAGACCAUGCCCCUUGCCCCUCCCACCUCCCAAGUUCAGUCGAUGGAUGGCCCAUUGGUGACAUACUGAAUGCUCACUCGCUGCAUAUCUUCUCACAAACCUAUUAAAUCUGUAUAUUUUCUCUUUUUUUUUCACUAUCACUAUAAUCAUUCGUAACCCUGUUUGGUUUUUGGCAAGGAUGCUUUCACAUUCACACAAGUGUCAAAAGAGUUUAUUUGCUAUCACCUUAACAUGACACCUUAGCAUGACAGUUAUUUGCAAGCAUUUGGUGUUCAAAGGUGUGGUUUUAGCUAUGUGCAGCUUUGACAUAAUUCUUAUCGAUAUGUGUUCGACAUUCAUUCCACUCAUUGGGUAUUGAUGUAAAUUGCCUUCAAAAACUUUAUGUAAAAAAAAACUGAUAAACCUCAAAUUAUUUUUGUAAUAAUUAAGUGAAUGCUAACAGUAUUAGAAAUUGCCUAACUUGCUGGAGGACCAGUGUAUUAGUCUAAUAUUUUAAGACUCAAUUUUCUGUUUGUUCACCAUUUCCUGUGUGACUGAGAGUGGUUUAAGUGUUGUAUAUCAAUAAUUUGUGGAUCUUUGACAAUGUAUCUGUUCUUGUUCACACAUUUUAAUGUUGAAUAGUCAGACCAUGUUAAGUCAAUAUUCAAAUUAACCAAAGGUUCAAGUAUUGCUUUGAUUUGUAGAUUUUCCAACAUCUCCUUAAGCUUAUUUAGGAAUGGAAAAUGAAAAUGUUUUGUGUCGGAUCCUGGAAAAAUAACAAGAUGCAGAUACUGUUACCGACAUCUUUGUGACAUACCAUGCAAAAUGAUAUUUAAUGCAUCAUUACCAGAACACCGGAUAUGAUUGUGGUACAAUAGGGAUGAUACUAGAGCAAGAGGAAUGAUACUGAAACAUUUUGUACUGACAACUAAUGAGUGUCAAUGUGUUCUGUUUUAUGGCACAGUAACAGUGUUUAUAAAUCUCUGUUUAAAAUGAAUUAAAUGUGACCACACAAACAAUAACUGUAAGAUCUAUGUACUGUAGCUACACAUUACUCAAUAGUGGUUUAGAGCAGUAAAGACAGCUUUUACUGUAUGAACAAAUUCACUGAACUUUUUUGCAGUGCAAUUUCAAACAUGAUGUUUUUAAGAAAAAUAACUUGUCUGUUAUGCUUAAGCUGGACUUUUGCAUGGUAAUAAAAGAACAAACCUACAAAAUAAAUACAAUUAGACAGAUUUAAAUUUGCCUGAAAUAUAUAUUUCAAGAAACAAGUAUAGAUUUUCUCCACUUCUUUUUUUUUAUUUUAUAUAUUGUGAAGACCUAAAUUAGCCUCAAGUCUUAAACCAUUCUGAGCCUAAUAUGAAAUAUAUUUGUACAAAGCUGUUGUGUAUAGCUGUAAUCACUUCUGAAUGAGAGGUGAUGUGUGUUUUUGUGUUCUGUACAAAGCGUUAGUAGCGUUUUGAUGGCCUAUAUUGUAUAAUUACCGGAACAUAUAUGAGUAAGUACAAUCAUCAGUUUCAUUCAUCAUAAAUAGAGUGAAAACCUUCCAUUUUUUAUAUUAUUGUAAAAUUUUAAUUUUAAGACAUCCAUUUUGGCAUUUAAGACAACUUUUUUAGCUACAUUUUUUUCAUUUGAAACGGUUCGUUUUGUUUCUCCUGUAUAAAAAGACAAGGUAUUUAUGCAGUACAAAUUACAUUCAAAUGUAGGCAUACGAUAAAUCAAAGUUUCAUAAAGUGUAAUAUCACUAUGUAUUUAUGAAUUGGUCAUGUUUGGUUGGGAUUUGUAAUUUCUCAAAUGGAAAACAUUAUUAAAAAGGAUGGAAUGAG